AUGACAGGCAUCGUUGAAUCGACGAAAGUUGGGUAUUGCGGCGGCGAGACGGAAAAUCCGACGUAUACCUCCGUCUGCAGUGGAGAUGGACACACGGAAGCGAUAAAGUUGGAUUUUGUUAAAAAUGAAACGAAUUUUGAGAAAAUUUUAGAGGUUUUCUUCAAUGAACAUUCGCCGCAAUGGAAGGCGAAAGCGCAGUAUAAGAGCGCGAUUUGGUGCCAAAACGAAGCGCAGCAUGCAGUGGCGAUAAAAAUGAUUGAAAAUUUGGAAAGGGAUGGAAAAGGUCCGAUUAAAACGGACGUGUAUUCACCUUCGGAGAGUUCCGUGACGAUUUGGUACGACGCGGAGGAAUAUCACCAAGAUUUUUACGCGAAACAAAGCGCGAGAAGUUGGAUUUAA